AUGGCCAUCUUGGACCAGCAUUGCGCGGAGGAGAACAAGCUUCGAUGUCGACCCCGAGGCGGCGGCGCCGCCGUCGCGAAGUCGGAGUACGACUUCCUAUACCUUCCAAUCGAUUUUAGGACAAAAUGCAACAAAGGCUACGCGUUCGUCAACAUGACGACGCCGACGGCCGCACGGCGGCUCUACGCGUUCCUCCACGGCCACCACUGGGCGGGCUGCGCCAAGGUCUGCGAGGUCGUGCACGCCCACAUCCAGGGAGUGGACGCGCUGGCGGCGCACUUCUCCCGCUCGCUAUUCCCAUGUGGCAACAACAAGGAGUUCCUGCCGGUGCGGUUCGGGCCUCCCAGGGACGGCCUCCGGCAGACGGCGGAGCGCACCAUCGGCUGUGCGGUGGUCCGUCGUCGCCUCAGCUGA